CACUUGCUGGUGUUAACUAUGUGGAAGGACUGAUUUAACUUUUCUAUGUAUCCAGACCCUGGUUUGUAUGAUGUGUCAUUGCACCUGGUGAGUGAGUUCUAAAGUAUGCACUCUAUCCACACUGGAUGUGAUGGGCUCUACUCUAGUCCUGUUUGAUGUGGGCACUUCCACAAAGGGAAUCAUCCAGACUGAUUUUUCUGAAGGACAGAGCUAAUUAGAUGGCCUCUAUUGUAAUGGAUAAUCUGCCUGUAGCUAAUAAGAUGGGUUCAGGACUGAACAAAUGAAUAAUGGAUGUUGACCCAUUGCUACUGAGGCUCCCAAUGAGGAAUAGUCCACUUGUGAUUGGCUGGGCUGAGCACCUGAAGUUGAUUGGCUGCAUUCUGCCGGAAGUGACGACCAGACCGGAAGCUUUGUGUGUUGGACGGUAUGGCGGCCCGGAAUUGCGGUUGUUCCCUGGAUUUGGGCUGGGUAUCCAGAGUCCAUGUAAAUCAACCUGCUGUUGUGAGACGUGCAGAGCAGCUACAGACAAGGCGGAAUUUGUCCAAGGAAUGGCAAGCUGCAUGGUUGCUGAAAGCUGUCACCUGUAUUGACCUCACCACGUUGUCUGGUGAUGACACAACAUCAAAUGUUCAAAGACUCUGCUACAAAGCCAAGCACCCCAUCAGAGAAGACCUGCUCAAGAAUCUCAACAUGGACAAUAAAGGUAUUACUACUGCUGCAGUGUGUGUUUACCCAUCUCGGGUGUCUGAUGCAGUACAAACAUUGAAGAGUAUAGAGUGUAAUAUCCCUGUUGCCUCAGUGGCAACUGGUUUUCCUGCUGGACAGACACCACUGGUGAUACGUUUGCAAGAGAUAAAAAUGGCUGUUGCAGAAGGUGCUAGAGAAAUUGACAUUGUAAUUAACAGAACCUUGGUGCUGAAAGGCCAGUGGGAAGAGUUGUAUAACGAGAUUCAACAAUGUCAUGACGCUUGUGGGGAAGCCCAUAUGAAGACCAUACUCGGAACAGGAGAAUUGGGAUCAUUAACAAACGUCUACAAGGCUAGUCUUGUAGCUAUGAUGGCAGGUUCUGACUUUAUUAAAACGUCUACAGGAAAAGAAGGGGUAAAUGCAACAUUCCCAGUUGCCCUAGUGAUGGUGCGGGCCAUCAGAGACUUUUAUUCAAAGACUGGUUACAAGGUCGGGUUUAAACCAGCAGGUGGUAUCCGCAGUGCAAAGGAUGCAUUGACCUGGCUGUCACUAAUCAAAGAAGAGCUGGGCAACAGCUGGCUAAAGCCAGAAUUGUUCCGACUGGGUGCCAGCACUUUACUUACUGACAUUGAAAGACAGAUCUAUCAUCAUGUGACAGGAAGGUAUGCAGCAGCUCAUGAAUUGCCAAUGGCUUAAAGGACUACAUGCUACUUUCAGCUGAGGAAACAGGCCUGAUUUAUGAUCCCUAUAAGAGUUCUCCACCUCUGUGUAUGUUCCUUUCUCUGCAACUUUUGAAAAGAACUUUUUUCUUCCUAACCACAAAGAUCAACUUUAACACUUUCUAACUUGACUUUAAUGCACUUCAAUAUUCUUAAAAAUAUAAAUGUUUCAAACACAAUUUGGUGAAUUUCUAGAAAUUCCGCAUUAUAUUAAUAUGUACUAAAUGUAUUAAAAUAGAAUUUUCUUUUGAUAAAGUACACACAGUGAUGUGUAAGGUUUAUUUGUCUGAGUUAAAAUGCUUUGUAUUGUAAAAAGUUAUGUUGAAUAAGGUGCAUAUAGAUAGUUUUAUUUUGUCUGCCCUAUACAGUAAAUUCACUAAUCCUGUGCUGCUAAUGGAGACCCUUCCACAUUAAGAUAGGCACGCAGGGCUGUGACAUUGAAAUUUUCACUCUGAUCUCAAGCAUUUCCAUCAAGAGGGCUGUCUACCGGGACUGCAUAAUCAUGGACUUUAACUUGAAUAUUCUUCUUUCAAUUUGAUGUGUGCAAAAUGGAUAAAUAUAUGUGAUUGGAUUCAUUGUAUGUUGGCGAAAUUUUUAAUGCCAGCUAGGCUUUGCAGUCAUUUUUCAGUUUCACGAACUUUGCACUGAGUAUCAGGUAAACUAGACCACAGACAUUGAUAAAUUUUGAUUGGAAUUUUAUUCGCAGCUUAAAAAUGAAAGCUACUAAAAUAUUUACAA